UCUCUCAAAAAUUCAAACUUCUCUCUCUCUCUCUCUCUCUCUCUCUCUCUCUAGAGUUCCAUGGAGCAGCCAUGAACGCCAAACCACCACCGUCAUCACCAUCACCCUUAAGCCCACCAUCACCAUCACCACCAUCAACUUCAAACCCAUUUCCAUUAUCCAACCUUCUCUCUCUCCCAACCUUUUCCAUCACCAAAAAAACUCGCCAAUCUCGUAUUCAAGCCUCCACGAACUCCAACACCAACACCAAUCUCUCUCUCUCCUCCACCAAACAACCGAUUUCCCAAGACCAAGCCCUCCUCUAUCUCCUCCGCCAGAGAAAGACCGAGGAAGCCUGGUUGGCCUACACCCACUCCUCCCAUCUCCCCAGCUCCACUUGCCUUAGCAGAUUGGUCUCCCAAUUAUCUUACCAGAACACCCAUGUUUCCCUCACGCGCGCCCAGUCCAUCCUCACGCGCCUCCGCAAUGAGCGCCAGCUCGCCCGCCUCGACGCCAACUCCCUCGGCCUCCUUGCCGUGGCGGCCGCCAAGGCGGGCCAAACCCGGUAUGCGGCUUCGGUGAUCAAGUCCAUGCUCCGGUCCGGGUACCUCCCUCAUGUCAAGUCAUGGAGUGCCGUUGCCAGCCGCCUCGCAGCCUCCGGGGAUGAGUGUGGGCCAGCCGAGGCGCUGAAGAUGUUCCGCUCGGUGACGCGGCGGGUGCGCCAAUUCGCCAACGGGGAACUGGCGGCGGAUUCAAGGCCCGACACGGGGGCUUUCAAUGCUGUUCUCAAUGCCUGUGCUAAUUGUGGGGAUACCAGGAUGUUCUUGAAACUGUUUGAUGAAAUGCCCGAAUGGGGCUGUGGGCCUGAUGUGUUGAGUUACAAUGUUAUGAUCAAGCUUUGUACUAGAGCUGGAAGGAAGGACUUGCUUGUGUUUGUGUUGGAGAGGAUUCUCGAGGAGGAAAUUCCGUUUUGUAUGACGACGAUGCAUUCGCUCGUCGCGGCGUAUGUGGGGUUUGGGGAUUUGGAGACCGCGGAGAGAAUGGUUCAAGCAAUGCGAGAAGAAAGGAGGGACCUUUGCGAGAUUCUGAGGGGCUCGAAUGUGGAAGAUUCGAAUCGAAACGAGCAGGAUGUUUUUGAGAGGUUGCUUCCUAAUUUGGUGAAAGCGAGUGAUUCGGAGCAGCCGCAGUUGCUGCCUAAAGCUUAUGCUCCGGACUCUAGAAUUUACACAACUCUCAUGAAGGGUUACAUGAAGGCUGGGCGGGUUACCGACACGGUUCGGAUGCUAGAGGCAAUGAGGCACCAAGAGGACAGUGCCAGCCAUCCUGACCAUGUGUCAUACACAACUGUGGUUUCUGCGUUUGUGAAUUCUGGGUCAAUGGAUAGAGCUCGUCAAGUGUUCGCUGAGAUGACGAGAAUCCGCGUGCCCGCGAAUCGGAUUACUUACAAUAUACUUCUCAAGGGUUACUGCAAGCAGUUGCAGAUAGAUAAGGCGAAGGAGCUGCUUAAGGAGAUGGCUGAAGAUGCAGGGAUUGAACCUGAUGUAGUCUCCUACAACAUCUUGAUUGAUGGGUGUAUUCUGGUCGAUGACAGCGCCGGGGCUCUCACGUUCUUCAACGAAAUGAGGGCGAAAGGAAUUGCCCCUACCAAGAUCAGCUACACCACUUUGAUGAAAGCUUUUGCCUUGUCAGGUCAGCCAAAGCUGGCUCACAAGGUAUUCGAUGAAAUGCUCGAUGACCCUCGGGUGAAGGCUGAUAUCAUCGCGUGGAACAUGUUGGUGGAAGGAUAUUGCAAACUCGGGUUAGUGGAAGAAGCUAAGAAGAUAGUUCAGAGAAUGAAAGAGAAUGGCUUUCACCCCAAUGUUGCCACCUAUGGCAGCCUGGCUAAUGGAAUUGCAGUGGCUAGAAAACCAGGAGAGGCACUUCUGCUUUGGAAUGAAGUGAAGGAGAGGUGCGGCGGCAUGAAAAAGGAAGGAGAAGAAAAUCCCGAUUCUUCUUCCACUCCGCCACCACCGCUGCUGAAACCAGACGAAGGGUUGUUAGAUACACUGGCUGAUAUCUGUGUUAGAGCUGCAUUCUUCAAGAAAGCUUUGGAAAUUGUGGCUUGUAUGGAAGAGAAUGGCAUACCUCCAAAUAAGACCAAGUACACUCGAAUUUAUGUGGAGAUGCACUCAAGGAUGUUCACCAGCAAGCACGCCUCACAAGCCAGGCAAGAUAGGAGGAGAGAGAAAAAGAGAGCUGCUGAGGCUUUCAAGUUUUGGUUGGGUUUGCCUAAUUCUUAUUAUGGGAGUGAAUGGAGGUUAGAACCUAUAGAUGGAAAUGAUUACUUUUCUGAUUCUGUAUAACUCUUGAACUUGCCAUUUGUAUACUAUACUAAAGGAAUUUUUUUUUUUUUUUAAAAAGGUUCCCCUCCUAUAUCACCAUCGAGAAUAAGAGUUGUUGUACAUUUACAUUAACACUGUUAUUUAAAAACCUUUAAUUGAU